AUGCAUUUCACAUUGGGCAUACGGAACAUCACUAGCUCUGGCAACGUCUUCUCCAUCGGUUUCGUAACAGGCGAGUUUCUCGUCAAUGGCGUAUCGGAGUCGACGUUCAUCAUUCUCGGUUUGAUACACCGUACUUGCAUGACACUUGCUUUCUUUCUCGUCUAUCCCAUUAUUCUUCUACUGGCUUCGGCAACUGUUUUAUGUCAUCUAAUUGGCCGUCCUGUGAAUAAGAAAGUUGUCGAUAAGUGGCAGACGAUUCUCCAGCUUUGUAUUUUCGCGCCAUUUGUGGCUGGAGGCAUGGUUACUGGCAUUCUUGCCAAGGGGACAGCAGAUCAUUUUAGUUCAGAGCAUAGUAUUGUGGGCCUCGUUACCGUGUCCCUGACAAACGUCGACGUGAUAAUUUACUUCUUCCUGCGGCGGAUGAGUAGGGGAUUGUCGAUUUUCGAGUCCAUACCUCGCCAUGUCAGAUAUAUCCACUAUACCGACGUUGCGCUUUGCCAAGCCAUCCUCAUGAUAUCGAGCUUCGUACUUCCCGACGGCAUCGACGACUUUGCAGUCAUGAGCCUCUGCGACACGGCCGUCCUGUUAGAUUCAUGGGUAUUUUCGCCGGGCAUGGUGCUUGUUUUUGUCUGCAAUAGGGCAAUGGCUGCGAUGACGAUGCAGUGGUUUCUUGUGAGGCGAUCCAGGAAGAUCGAUGCGCAGGAAACGGUGCCUCUCUGCGCAAUCGAUUCGUCAAGACCAUUAUCGCCCAUGGCGGGGAUGGUGGGUGGCCUUAAGUAA